AUGGACGCCGCAGCGGAUGAGGUGUCGGAGCACGCGAAGAACAAAAUCGGGAAGUACAUUGGGAUGGAUUGUGAGAUGGUGGGUGUCGGUUUGGACGGGGAUCAAUCGGUACUGGCACGGGUCAGUUUGGUCAACUUCCAUGGCCAUACGAUUAUGGACAAGUACGUCCAGGCGCAGGAGACCAUAACGGAUUACAGGACGUUUGUCAGUGGUAUCACGCCCGAGCUGCUGAAGAAUGCCGUUCCAUUCAAACAAGUACAGCAGGAAGUGGCAGACUUGAUCAAAGACCGCAUCGUGGUCGGACACGCCUUGAAAAACGAUUUCAACGCCCUCCUACUCACCCAUCCACAACGUCUCAUUCGCGACACAGUCACAUACAAACCGUUCCGCGCUCUCGCCCGCGGGCGGUCUCCGGCUCUACGAAAACUGGCGAAGGAGCUGUUGGGUUUGGACAUCCAAUCCGGCGAGCACUCGUCUAUUGAGGACGCGAGGGUUGCCAUGCUGCUUUACCGGAAGGAGAGGGUAAAGUGGGAAAGCAUGCUGCACAGGAAGGGGGCCAUCAAAGAGCAGGUGCAAUAA